AUGCAACUCUCUCGCAGGCUCAACGGCUACACGCUUCUUCUGCUCUCCAUGAUCUCUGCAGCAGCCGCUCUAGACCUCCAGACGGAUGGCGUUCCCAAAGGACUCUCGUUUCUCUCCGCGCCGGCUCCUGCGCCCACUUCGGCUACCACUCCGGUUUCGGCGUGCGUCACCCAGUGCGUCAACGCCGCUCUGACGAAGGGCGGCUGCACAAGCCUCGCCGACACGUUCUGCUUCUGCGCCAACCUCGCGGUGAUAGCGUCUCUGUCCCAGUGCGUCCAGCGCGCCUGCCCCGAAGUCGAAAACAGCGUCUUCACGCUCUACACCGAUACCUGCGCCACUUUCCCCCUGCCCGGCCUCGGCAGCAUCCUCCCGCCCGACCUCGCCUCGUCGUCGUCCGGGUCUCUCGCCGCCUCUGCGCCCGCUACUGCAUCUCACACAACCUCGGAUACCCAACCCGUGCCUUCCGCGUCGCAGGCUACGCCUACCUCAGCGGCGACGACGUCCUCGGCUGCACCCACCUCAAGCGCGAACCCGGGCGUAGUCUCAUCCGACCCGGCCGGCACGCAGGUCACUGUAACUGCGACUAGCGCGAGCGCAAGCGCGUCUGGAUCUGCGCUGAACCCGACCGUCAACGGCGCCGCACACUGUGCGGGGCGCAGCGUCCUUGGGGCGGGUCUCGCGCUCGCCAUCGCGGCGUGGAUCUUUUGA